UCUUAAGAAGGCAAUUCUACCCACAAGUAACUUGUCUCUCUGACCCUGGGACAUGCCGUGGCCACGGCUGGCUGCCCAGGGUGGUGGCACCGCCAGCUGCUGGAUGCAGACAGGGCUGAACUCUGGGGAGGCCGCGGGCACCGAGGCCGUGCGGGAGCUGUUGGCUGGGGCCGGCUGGAGCGUCUGUGAUGGGAAAGCGGGGGAGCCUUGUGCCGGGCACAGUUGGUUCCAACUGGUUCCAGCCAGCUGCAGCCAGUUGUGUGCCCCCUACGCUGCUGUCCUAGGGGUGCCGGGAAAUGGCCCAUUGUGACAGCAGCGCAUUGCCGGGCCCUUUGUGAUGCAGGGCCUCCUUGGGCACACAGGCCAUUGUGACAGUGCGGGGCCCCGCCCUGCCCGGGAGGCUAUUUAAGGAGGGCAGAGGCCUGGAGUGCCCUCUUUCUCCCAGGAGAGCUUCUGUCUCAGGAGGCAGCAUCUCUCUCGGGGGCCUCAGCGGCAGACGAAGUAGCCGACGUGGACGAUGUGGAAGAUGAAGAAGUUUACCAACUUGCAGCCACGCAAGUGGCUGUCGAGCUGGCAGAGGAAUCACAAGGUGGACAACUGGCAGACGCAGGCAGCAGCGCAGGAAGAGGAGAACAGCACCUCUUCUGCUGCCGUGGCUGAGCAGGUGAGAGCGGCAGGGGCAGAGAGCCAGGCAGCUGCCCCACAGAGCCCCAGAGGCUGCGGCCGCGCUGUGCUGGACACACUGCAGCGCGUGGCACGCGCCACCCGGCGCAGGCUUGCGGUUGGGAUCCGGCGACGUGGCCAGGAGCCGGAGCCACAGAGGGAGGUAGAACCAGGUAUGGAGGUAGCGACAGCAGGAACAUCCCCAGCAGCAGGGUCAGAGAGGCAGGACUCUUUCCUGCAAAGCCCCUGCUGUCCCCCCAGCCCCUUCCCAAGCCAUCCGGAAGCUCUCAGUGGGCAGUGGGCCGGGGCAGCAGCAGGGGCAGCGCUGCCAGUGGCAGAGAGCAAGGAGGGGGCCUGGUCUGAGGAGCUCUCAGACAUCUGCAGCCUCCUAGAGCUGCCCCAAGAAGAAUGCAGCGGAGGCCAAAGCUGGAGGAGUAGAGAAAAGAGGCUCCCCGUGCCCAUGCCACGUGAGGCAUGGUCAGAGCCCUGGGACCUUCAAGCGCCCACACGGACAGCCCGUGCCCCAGUUUGCCCGUGCCUCACCAGCCCUUACAUCAGGCCACAGGCCCCGAGCCCGGACGCCUGCCCCCUCAGCCCCUCGCCAAGCCAGCUGUCAGUUCUCACUGGGCAGUGGGCAGGGCUCCCAGAGGUCUCCAGGGAGUCCCGAAGGGAAGAAAAUGCACACCAACCGCUGUCCCAGGAAGAAGACAGCCACAACAAGGAGCUGGCAGAGAAGAAAGGGGAAGUCGUCAAAAUCUACACCAUCUGGGUCAAGCCCUCCCUCAUACCGGUCCUGCUGGAGCCUCAGCCUGCUGGCCGGGAAGGGCCCAAAUGUCCCUGUAUCAUCUGUGCAGGGGCAGCAGAAGAGGUAGUCAGGGACCUGCACAGCACAUCUCCUGCCCCGGCAGGUCCCAGGCACCACCAGCCAACAGCUGCUGCCCCGCAGCGCCCCAGAGGCUGCUGCCCCGCCGUGCUGGACACGCUGCAGCGCGUGGCACGUGCCACCCUGAGCAGGAUUGCAGCUGUGAUCCGGCGACGGGGCCAGCAGCCGGGGGAACAGCAGCACCCAGCUCAAGGCCUGGACGCAGCCAUGCUGGCAACAGCCCCAGCAGCAGGGGCAGAGAGCCAGGUAGCUGCCCUGCACAGCCCCUGCUGCCCCCCCAGCCCCUCGCCCAGCCAGCUGGAAGCUCGCAGUGGGCAGUGGGCAGGGGCAGCAGCGCAGACGGUCCUGCCCCUGCCACUGACUGAGGAGGGGGCCUGGUCAGAGGACGAGAGUCUCUGGGACAUCUCCAGCCUCUUAGAGCGGUGCCAGGGGCAAGAAAACACAGCCCAAAGCUGGAGUACCGGGGGAGCAAGUAGCUCUGUGUCCUUCCCAUCUGAGGCAUGGGCAGAGCCCUGGGACUCUUCAUCAGGCACAUCCACCUCCACCUCUACGGACUGA